GUACUCUCAAAUGUGGGAUCUUAAAUAAAAUAAUAUUUUUUUUUCUCUCCUUCAAUACCAUAACCAAAGUGAAAAUUAGGGAGAGAAAUAAAUAAUAUAAAUAUAUUGGGUACUGUGGGUCCAGUCAAAAGUAAAAUAAGAUCCCAACCACUAGAGUGAAAUAUGCAUGAAGACCUUAUGGGUGUCUUAAAUCCUAUAUGACAAUUUGGGCCCACAAAAAUUGAGUAAAGUCCCAAAAUAAGUUCCUACUAUUGGAGAUGCUCUUAGGCCUACUUUUAAAGUCACCGGUUCUCGAGACUCUGCAUUUCAAGGUUGGUGCUUAGUAAAUGAAACUAGCAACACUUCUCUUGGCAGCACUUUUAGGCCUACUCUUUUUGUCAUAUAAAGAGUUGCUUAUUGUGACUCGUAUUGUGAUAGGCGCGGUGGUUGAGAUGGAGGCGGUGGUAAUUGGUAAUGAUGGAGGUGAUGGUGAAGGCAGCGGAGGUUGGUGGUGUUGAGGUGAUGGCGGAUGUGGAUGUUAAUUGUUACCUAAUGGCAUGAUGGUGGUGGAAUGUCAUAUUUUUAUGAAUAUUUAAUUAUUUAUGUCUUCAAAAAUUAUUCACUAUAUAUACAAAAAUAAAGUUUGUAAGCUACAUGAGAUAAAAUAACUUUCAUCCGUAUUUUUUUUUGUACAUUCAGAAAAGUAGAAGAAAAAUAAACUACACAAAAACAUCGUAACACAACCCCUGAAUUAAGUUGGAAGGUAAAAACUUCAACAAAAAAAAAAAAUCACAGAUUUACAUCUUGAGUUGUUUGUCUAGUAAAGAUGUUAGGGACCAAAUUGCUUUCACAACCAAAUUACUUUUCAUCUGUAACUUAGACAACACCUACAAAUAUUUACUGGUUUAAUUGUAACAUUUUAAAAAGAAACUGAGCAAACACACAAAAUACAUUAUUUUUUAUCUUUCACAAAAUAAAACAUUAAAAAGUAUUCAAAAUAUAAUUGUUAGAUUUUAUUUUACAAAUAUUUAAAAAAAAUAAAAAAGAAGUGCAUAAAACAUGUAACUUGAGUUGAUGUAAAUCACCCCCACCCCCUUAUAGUGGCACAGUGAAUCACCACUUUGAUUCAGCUCUCCCUCUCCCUCUGUAAUGUGGUGAGUUCAUGGUUGAAAAGUGAAUGAGAAGAUUUGCAGAAAACUGAAAAUUCCCAAAUCACUUUUCAUCCUCGUCUUCCUUCCUUCAAAGAUAGUGUUUGACAUAGCUGGAAAUCUGUUGAAGGGAAUUAAUAUCAAAUGAAGUCUGGUUCAAUGGUUACUGGGUCUAGCUCUAGCUUAGAUAUGAGGAAGAAGGGAAAUGAGGGUGAAGAAGAUAUAUUCAGCAAGCUACCUGAAUUUGUUGUGGGUCACAUACUCUCUCUACUCCCAACAAAAGAUGCAGUUCGGACUAGUGUGUUAUCCAAGAGUUGGGUAUCUCGCUGGACAUUCGUCAACAAGCUGGACUUAGAUGAUAGUGUGUUCUAUUCUCCAAAGAAGAAAACUUGUGGAGAACAGUGCUUCAUAGACUUUGUGAACAGGGCACUUCUUCUUACCAAAUCUUCGAGUUUGGACAGUUUCUCUCUUGUGAUCGGUAACGAGUAUGAUGCAUGCCUUUUUAUUACAUGGAUGACUAGUAUCUUGAAAAGGAAUGUAAAAAACCUUCGUAUUAGUUCACAUUUUGAUUUCCGUCUCCCCUUCCCCCCUCUUACAUCUCGUUUACUUUUUGAGUCAAAGUUAUUAGAAGAAUUGGAAAUCAAAAUUUGUUCUUGUGCGAUAAGAGUUCCCCCUGUCCAUGUCCAUUUUGGAUGCCUAAAACUCCUCAAGUUGUCUGGAAUUAUAUUUACCAUCGAAUCCUAUGUUAAGCUUAUGUGCCUUAGAUUACCCGUCCUAAAAAAGUUUGAGACAAAAAACUGUGUUUGGUUAAAUGCCAAGUGUGUUAAUCUAGAAGCACCUCUGCUUGAAAGCGUUCACAUAGAACAUGACAGUAAGUCAGCAUUACAGGAACUACUUAGCUUUGGAAUCAAGAUUUCUGCUUUGCACCUUGCAGAAUUCACUUAUUGUGGUUAUGGGCUGUGGCAGCCUAUUGUUCUGUCUGAUCCAUCAGUGGCUCAUAACGCUUCAGCUAAUAUCAUUAUAGAUCAGCCUGUUAUUGGACCAACAGGAUAUCGGGCUAUAAUGCUUCUCAAACAAUUCAGUCAAGUGAAGCAUCUCAAAUUUGAUGGGUCACAGGUUUCAACACUAAAAGGAGUGGCUGGUCUACCUGUAUUUGGAAUGUUGAGCCAUUUAGAGCUUGGUUUAGUUACUGCUGCAGUUUUGUUAGGCCUACUUUUAAAGUCACCUGUUCUCGAGACUCUACAUUUCAAGGGAAUAUUUUGCUUCGAGCAAGAGCUUUUAAAUUCUGCUGUUGUGCCUGGUUGUUUGGGAACUACCCUGCGGGUUGUGAAGUUUGAUAAUGUUAGUGGACUUGAGCAUGAGCUGUGUUUAGCUAAAUUUCUGAUGGAGAAUGGUGGUGUGCUGGAGAGGAUGAGUUUCUCUCUUGAGAGUGAGUGGCUGGGCAAAUCGAAGAUGAUUGAAGAAUUUAAAAAGAAGUUGUUCUCAUUUAAGAAACCUUUCUCCCUUGCUAUUGUGGAAUUUUCGAAUGAUUAAGUUACUACAGAACUAUGGGGUAGGUACAGUCGUACAGAUCUACAAUGUUUUUUUUGGUAGUGCAUAUCAUUUUACCUUGUGAAUUUGUGCCUACAAAUUAUCCACAAAUGGUGAUCUGAAUUUUGGGGAAAAAUAUAUGUAAAGAGUAUUUUAGUAGGAAGAAUAUUUUGAUGUUAACCUGAAAUUGUGGUAUAUAUUUAUUAUUAUGACUUUAGACAAAA